AAUUCCGCUGGGAGUGCAUUGGCCCUGCACGCCCACCCCUUUAAAGAGUGGUGCUCUUCCAUAUAUCUACAGGAAUACUCCAUGCACGUCAAUCGUUUCAUCAGCAUCCGUCACAAACUGAUUCUUAAAGAGGGAUUGUGGGAGAUAGCUAAGCCAGUCAGGAGGUGGGAAACACCCAGCGCACUCUUUGUGAAAGAAUCCGAAGUGUGUCAAUGUGCGCAUCUGUGACUCAUCUUUUGCACAGCAGGAAGGAACCUGGAUUUUCAACAAGUCUGUCCAUACAAAAUUUGUUUUCCUUAGGAAGACUCACCUGGUGACAGGUGAGUGGAAUCAUGGGAUUGAUGUUGCUGCUGCUGUUGAUUGGUUGGUGUGGUGGAGCACCACCAGUGAGGGAGAUCUACAGGAUGCCACAGAGCGCACUCAAAGUGCUGUCUGAAAGAGGAACUGUAGUGAUGGAGGCAGCUCUGUCCCGCGCCCUGUCUGCGGUAGAUUCAGCCGUAUCAGACCGCAGUAAGGCGGAGGCGGGCUGCAGAGGGUGUGUGCCCUGUCUGUUUCAGGACUGUGGACAGCAAACAGGCACCUGUGCAUCUCUGGACGCAACACAGUCGGAGCCGAGCUGUGAGACGAUCUUUCAUGCUCAGCAGGAAGCCUAUGAAGGCGAGCGGAGCUGGCUGCUCAGUCAAGCCUGUGGCUUCUACAGACGCCGCUGCACACCUGCUCAUCUGAACAAAGACUCGUGCAUCAGAGUCAUGGGGGAGAGCUGCAGCGCUCGUGUCCUGCAUUGCAGUCUACUUAACACCAUGCAUAACCUGGAGCCGGCCACACAAACAACGACACAGGCUAUCUGUGGUCAGCGUCUGUCCAUCAUGCAAAAUCUGACACAGCCUCGCUCUCGUAUCAUGGGAGGGUCUCGUGCCCCACCUGGCAGUUGGCCGUGGCUGGUAAACCUUCGGCAGGACGGGGCUCUGAUGUGUGGAGGUGUGUUGGUGGACAGCUCUUGGGUCGUCACUGCUACCCACUGCUUUGCUGGGAGUCGCAGUGAGAGUUCAUGGACGGCUGUGGUAGGGGAGUUUGAUCUAACGAAAACCGACCCCGAUGAGCAGGUCAUGAAGGUCAAUCGCAUCAUCACCCAUCCGAAGUUUAACCCAAAGACAUUCAAUAAUGACAUUGCUCUGGUUGAGCUCAGUUCUCCGGUUAUUCUGUCUGAACGGGUCACACCUGUCUGUUUGCCCUCUGACCUCGAUCCACCAACUGGUACACCAUGUCUGGUAGCCGGCUGGGGUUCGCUGUAUGAGGACGGUCCCUCUGCAGAUGUGGUAAUGGAGGCGAAGGUACCUCUGCUGUCUCAGACCACCUGUCGCAAUGCACUUGGAAAGGAGCUUCUCACUAACACCAUGUUUUGCGCUGGGUACCUGUCUGGAGGCAUUGACUCAUGUCAGGGCGAUUCAGGAGGACCACUGAUUUUCCAGGACCGUUUAUCGGGACGUUUUCAGCUCUUUGGCAUCACCUCUUGGGGUGAUGGCUGUGGGGAGAAAGGAAAGCCUGGGGUGUACACACGGGUCACUGCUUUCUCUGACUGGGUCAUGACAGAGAUACAGAAAUCCCUUGGGAGUCGAGAGCCCACAUGUCCUGAGCUGCUUAAGACAACCGAUCUGUCUGAAGAGCAACAGAUGUCAGAGUUCACUGCCCUCUGCCACUUCUACACACUGUCCUGCCCUUCGACUCUUGACCCCUCUGACUGCCAGCAACUCGCUCAGGACAAAUGCCAAAGCCGAUUUAAGAAGUGCCAGUUACAUUCCUUCCUGCAGACUCUGUUGGACCUGCUUCAGAGGGCCGAUGACUACAUUAGAGACAAUGUCGAUCUGAUCUUUUUCACGCAGACUCUUCCUCAGCUGGUGGAGAACGUCUACAACUCUGCUCAUAUGACACGACAACGCAGAGACGCACCUGAAACAGAGCAGGUAGUAUUGCCAGCACUCUUCCAGAAAGUGGGCCCCCUGGUGGACCACUGGGAGAACUACCUCAGAGACAUUGCUGAAGAUCUGGAUCAACAAAAUAAUUUGAAGAACUCCAAGGAACUGUCUCAGGAGGAGCAACUCUUUAUACCGGAUGGAGACACUGAAAAAUCACCUGUUCAUCAGCUAGACAGAGCACUUCGCUCCUCCAUUGCUGCCCUGCGCUCCAAACUGGAGUCACUCCGCAUUCCUGUCAUACCAGACUUAGAAUAUCGACUGUUUCAGAGGAAUUUCAACAUUCCCAUCACUGGGAUACCACAACAGGAUAACACUGCUCAGAUAUUUAAAGCUCUCACAGGAAGUGUCACAGGAAGUCCAGUGAUGACCGCAUACACUCAAGAGAAUAUGGAUACAACAUCUGUGAAAACUUCUGCUCUACCGUUAAGAACCCUGGGCUCUGCUGAAUCACUGCUUGAUAAAAACUCUGUUCCUACCCAGAAUGCUCAGGCACUCUUCAAAAAAGUCCGUCGCAGGAGGAAGAAAGCAACGAAUGAAAAAGUUUGCUCAGGAGUAACUGAAUCUGCUCAGCUGGUCAGCACUACCAAGCAGAUGUACAGCUGGAUCCUGGCUGUUCCCUCUAACAACCUCAACAUGACCUUCCAAGAGGUGCUGGUUGACCUAAACUCUAAGAAUGACCACGGUUUGUAUCAGUCACGGAUCAAGGCUACUGUUGGUGGGCGACCUUUCACCUUUUACAGCUUGGUGGGUCUGGAGACAGAGGCGUUCUACCGGAGCAUGCCACGCAUCAUUGGCGUUGCCAUCGAUGCUCUCAAAACGUAAAUGAAAGGGGAAAUGAUGCUGUAACUGGAUGCUGUAAGGCGUUGCCUACAUUACAAACCCAGAUCACAAAGGGAUCGCUUUUCAACAGCUCUGCCUCUCAGAAUGAGUUGCGCAGGACAGCUGGCACUUUUCUGGACGAUGAACGAUCCCAUCUGGUCAACGCAAUCUAGGACUGACCUGACCUGACAGUGACGCUAUGUCCACCCUGACUUAACUUAUUCAGCAGGAGCAUAGGUUGAUCCUACUGCCCCACCUGCAAACU